AUGAAAGGAGUGGCGCCAUUCCCUGCAGUUCCGGUAACACCGGAUCAAGCGCGUUGCUAUGAACGCCAAGUCCAACAAGUACUGGACGAGACGCUGUGUGCCUUUGACACGCACGUCGCAGCUCGCGAGAAGGGCACGAAUUUACUGCUGAACAAAUGGCAGUGGAAACCUCUCAAGACUCUGGACGGGCUCAAUAGUUACAAGGAGCGACAACCGACACACCCGGAGCUGACGGACGCUGCAAGUUGUUCGUCCCAGUCUUCCUUUGGGUCCAUGUCUGGAAUCCCAGCUGUCGAGCAGCUUUCAAAGCCGACGAAAGCAGUCGCAAUGGCUGCUUACACCCCUGAAAUGGCACCGUCGACCUCAUCUGCAGUCAUGACAGGCUCCUCAUCCAUCGCCUCGUUGGCAAUCGAGGGACAUCUGAAGGGCUCUUUGAGCGACGUCAUGUACGGACUCUUGGCAACCGACACGGCCGAGUUGCACCUCCGACAUUGCUAUAUGACGGAUCCGGGCGCACUGGACACGACCAUGAUCGACAGUAUUCAAAGACCCAAUGCGACUGACCCUUUCCACUUCCGCGGUCUCCAGUGGAUCGUCCGGGGUGAGGCUUCUCGGGUCAAGACCAAGGCUCGACGGCCGCGUGAUUUCGUGCUGUUAGUCGCUUCGGGGGUCGUGCACCACAAAGUUCCAGGACAAGCACAAAGGCAAGAGAUCGGAUACGCGCUGUGUCAGUCCAUUGAACGACAAGAGUGUGGAGAGCUCGAGACGCGAGGUCUCACACGCGGGUGGCUCUCGACGUGCUCGUUAUUCACUGCCGUCGAUGGGAGCUCUGCACUCGUCGAUGUCUAUGCUCGAGGAUACGUGGACUUCAGGGGCAAGAUGCAAGAUUACCAAGCAGCGUCGAUGAUGAAUACGUACAUGCUUGCUGGCCUCACAGACGCUGCUGCGUGCGGCCAGAGCAAGAAGCUGAGCUGGUUGCUGACCUACAAAGACGCCGCAACGGCCUUUCGACACCCACAGUCGGAGACCGGGACAACGUCAAGCCGCUGUGCGAUUUGUGAACGCAAGUUCGGUGUCUUGAGUAGCGCCAUGUCGUGCGAUCUGUGCCAGAUCAAAAUGUGCUCGCGGUGUCGUGUGAGUCGAGUCCUCCGUCUUGUGAAGCGACCCGAUGCAGCUUCAGGUACCAUUACAAGCACGAGCAAGGGUGGCGACCAUCAAGCGAGUGGACGACUGCAUAGUCUUCCGGUGAGGCUGUGCAAGAACUGCAAGAUGAACGCAAGUCACAUGGACGCCCGUGUAAUGGCUCGUCGAGAGGUUGAAGCUGGCUGCGAUUCCAACGAGACCGCGGACACUGCCUCGGAAGACGAUGGCAGCACUCCUGUGCAAUCCAGCAGCAGUUUGUUUUCGUGCUCUCAGUCCAGAUCGGAGGACAGCUUCUCAGGUGAUAGUUCAAUGCGGAGCUCAGCUACCGACACCGCCCAGCUCCGAGGACGCCCAUCGCAUGGUGCAGCUUGUUUGCGUGGAAGCUGCGGUGACAAGCAUCUCGAUGACGUGGUGAAGACCAAGGUGAUGCUCAGCAGGAUGGACAGCAGCAAAUCAAGCUGCUCGGACUUUGCGUACAACUCGUUCGCCUCGACCCAGCGGGUGUCGGAAGAUCAAGACCAAGAAGAGCUUAGCCGCGAGCUGACAACAACGUCCUCCUUCGAACUGCAGCAUCAGUCUCUGUACGGCGAUGAAGAUCCUGAGAUGACCUAUGCGCACUCACAUCAGUCAAGGACCUCCACAGGAAACGCCCAUGUCGAUUUAUUGCGGAGGAUGCAGGAGCUGCAGAUGAACGCCGAGUCCGUGUAUCGGUUCACGAGCAAGAUGAACGCGAGCACGCGUUACCGACACGAGCAGGUCGUGUCCAGACACUCUAGUUUGUCCAUAUCGGAGCUAGAUUAA